CUCGUCCUCCUCUCUCGUCGCUACUGUACACGCGGUCGCAAGUCCUAAACUAGCAAACCUCUUCACAACAUCCCCCCUUUUCCAACCGCCAAAAUGAGUGUCCCCACUGCGCCCGCCGACAAGAACACCUUUCUCUUCACCUCUGAGUCUGUAGGCGAGGGCCACCCCGACAAGAUCUGCGAUCAAGUCUCCGACGCCAUCCUCGAUGCCUGUCUCAAAGAGGACCCGCUCUCCAAGGUUGCCUGCGAGACGGCCGCUAAGACCGGUAUGAUCAUGGUCUUCGGCGAGAUCACCACCAAGGCCCACCUCGACUACCAGAAGGUCGUUCGCAAUGCCAUCAAGGAAAUUGGCUACGACUCGUCCGACAAGGGCUUCGACUACAAGACAUGCAACGUCCUCGUUGCCAUUGAGCAGCAGUCACCAGAUAUCGCCCAGGGUCUGCACUACGAGGAGGCCCUCGAGAAGCUCGGUGCCGGUGACCAGGGUAUCAUGUUUGGCUAUGCCACCGACGAGACACCCGAACUCCUCCCCUUGUCCCUCCUCCUCUCCCACAAGCUCAACUCGGCAAUGUCUGCUGCCCGCCGAAACGGAAAGCUACCCUGGUUGCGCCCUGACACAAAGACACAAGUGACGGUCGAGUACGCUCACGACGGCGGUGCCGUUGUUCCUCUCCGCGUCGACACCGUCGUUGUCUCUGCCCAGCACAGCGAGGACAUCACCACCGAAGAGCUCCGCAAGGAGAUCAGGGAGAAGAUCAUCAACGAGGUCAUUCCCGCCAACCUCCGUGACGACAAGACCGUCUACCACAUACAACCCUCCGGCCUCUUCAUCAUCGGUGGCCCACAAGGUGACGCCGGUCUCACUGGCCGUAAGAUCAUCGUCGACACCUACGGCGGCUGGGGAGCCCACGGUGGUGGUGCUUUCUCCGGAAAGGACUACUCCAAGGUCGAUCGCUCCGCCGCCUACCUUGCGCGCUGGAUCGCCAAGUCGCUCGUGAACGCUAAGCUGGCCCGCCGUGCGCUUGUCCAGCUCUCGUACGCCAUUGGUGUCGCAGAGCCUCUCUCCCUCUUCGUUGAGACCUACGGCACCUCAGACAAGUCCUCAAACGAGCUUGUCAAGAUCAUCCUUGACAACUUUGACCUACGCCCUGGUGUCAUCGUCAAGGAGCUCAACCUUACCAACCCAAUUUACAACCAGACCGCAAAGAACGGUCACUUUACCAACCAGAGCUUCACUUGGGAGCAGCCCAAGGAGCUUAAGUUCUAAGUGUAUAACUAAUGACAUGUUUUGCAUGAUGCGGGAUUGAAUCAACUUCAUCCCCUAAGGUCAAGAUUUUCACGAUGAUAUGACUCGCAUAUCUUUGGGAGGCGGGCAAGAUGUUCACCUUUUCAACAAGUGUUUCGGCGUCCAGGGCAUAUACCCUUUUGAUACCAGCCCGUUUGCUUCCAAAAGUUUCGAUGCAAGUUCAUAUACGAGGGCUCUCUCUCGAGGUGGGACUACAUGAUAGAUCGGCGUUAAGACAUUGGAGCUUCAACAUUGGGGCCCGAGUGCGUUGUCAACGCGCACCUAGAGGCUAAGGGGACGCAUGCCACGCUAAAUAGCGUGGUGGCUAGGAUAAUAGGUCGAAUUGAAUAUCAAUCGAGACCGUCUUUGUCAUUUGACAUGGACGGCAUAUUCAUCACAUCUGCCC